AUGUCACGGGUGGUGGCGACGUUACUGUUCGUGAUUGUUCCUGGUUGUCUUUCCUUUCAGCAGACAUCGCAUUUAUCUUUGGGCACAUCGAAUGCUUUUAUACUCUUAAAGAAAGCAAAUGUAAACAGACUUAUUCUUCCGCUUGCUGUGACAUCCGAAGGAAAUGAUGGAGACAUUGAGCAAAUGAGAUUGGGAAGCAAAAGCAAUGAUCUUUUGGAGGAUUCCAUUGACUCAUUUCUUCGAGGAGAAUAUGACUUUAAAGAUGACGCCUUGUCGCCACUGCCAGAAUAUUCUCCCAAGACAACAGUGGAGAAUGCUGUCACAUCCUUGAGAGCGUUGGAUGAUCCAGAGCCAUGCCCCCAUGGAGCUGCAGUCUUGUUGCGAUUUUGUGCACCCUUAAGUCGGGGAGAGCGAUGGGGUGGAGGUCGAGGAGGAGAUACCUGGAAGGAGCUACUUCGGGGCUCCUUGACACCCACCAUGCUGGCGAAACGACUUCAGGUGUCUCAAUUCUCGGGUUUGUUGGAUUUUUGCAAGCUCGAUGUGAUGGAUGGUGCCUUGAGCACUGGGCAACACGAUUUGGUUGGAUUGCCGAGUUUUGCCUUUGUCAACGUAGCCUUGUACUUUGAAGGUGGCAAAGAGCCACAGCUGAUGGAAUUUAAGCUAGUUCGCAACUUUGGAGUGUGGUUGAUUGAUUCCGUCAAAAGAAGCGAGCAUAAACUCUUCUCGGAAGAAGACAGCAAUAAGAAGUGA